CUCAAAACACGCAUUCUUCCCUUUUGCUUAAAUACUUUUGCUAGGGUUGGCUCCUGCCAACUCUGUUGUAACCUGUAAUCACAUAUUUCCUUGAGAAUCCGAUGGCCACCGCAGAGGUUGUAUCAGUCCAAACUGCACUUCAUGAGGAGAAAACUGAAGAUUCAGUUAAGAUUCAAGAGACAAAAACAGAAGAGGUAGUUACUCCAGCAGCACCAGAGGCAGAGCCUGUUUCGAAAGAGGCAAAGGAAGCAGAGGUGGCGGCUGUGGCACAGGAAGCCCCAGCUGAAGUUGAAACCAAGGAAGUUGUAGAAGAGGCCAAGGUUGUCACUGAAGAACCGGAAGUUGAGAAGAAAGAAGAGGACACUGCCAAGGAAACUGUGCCGGAGCCAGUUUCUGAGGAGAAAAUAGAGACUGCAGACCUUGUUGAGGAAACAAAAGAAACUACAGAGUCCAGCGAAGUACCUGAAGUGGAACCAGUUCCAGAGACAACAGUCGAAGCACCCAAAAAGGAGCCUGCAGGUGAAGAAGAGAAGCCGGUUGAAGCUGAGCCCGAGAAGAAACCCGAAACAGAAGCACCAGCUGUGAAAACAGACUGAAUUACAAGGUGAGAGAUCAGUGCGGUGAAGUGGAAGUAUGUGUUGUGAGUAAUGUGGGCUAGUUUGCUUGUCAAUUUCAGUUCCUAUGUAAUUUAAUAAAGAUAAGUAAGGUGGAUUAGACUUGGGACCUAGCCAUGAAAAAAACCCACCAGGGAUGGCAGAGGCAUUUCAUUGAACGCUUAAGCUGCAUUGGUGGGGACGUUUAAUUGUUGUCCGCACUUUUGGUUCCAAGUCCUUGUUUCAUGUGUUUCAAAGUGCAGUAUGUAUGUUGUCUUAAAUGAUAACAAUAUAUAAUAAAGUGCUUUUGUUUGC